AUGCCCGACACGAUCGUGAUUGAGCAAGGUCGGUUCCAGCAGUGGUUCUUCACCUCCAAGCGUGGCGAGAUUCUGCGGCGAAAGCGAGACAAGCUCACAAAGGACCGCGUCUUUCGCUUCUUCCAGGAAAGGCUCACGGCUGGCAUCGCAGCCGUGUUUGUCCACGCGGUCACGACCGACGACGAGCGCGUUCUGUACACGGAGCAUCUGAGUCUCCCGGCCCUCGAGUCGCUGCUCUUCAAGGUGUCGACUGUCGAGCAUGGCUUGCUACAGACAUUUGUCGUGCCCAAGUCGGGCUACAACACUGCGAUCGAGUCGGUCUACUCGCACGACGGCUGCAGCUUCCUCGCGACGCGCGCCACCAACGUCCACCUCAUGAUCAACCACAUGGUGUCGCUCAACGACCGCGUCGCAACGUUUGAAGGCGCCGCCAACGUCACCACCAAGAGUCCGAUAAAUGCGCGUCGUUUUAAAGUCUCACGCUUCCACGUAGAGCCGAUGGCGAGCCCGACGCUGCUCGCAGAGCUCAAGCGCAUCAACGACGACAUCGUGGAUCAGAUCCACCUCGCGAUUGGCUUGGAGGCGACGCGCAUGACGCUCUACUUCAAGAUUGGGCUCGACAACCACCUCUACUUUUUGUACCCGUCGACCAUUCUCUUUCAAAACGAAGACGUCUUGCCGCCAUUCGAGCUCGCACUGCACCCUGGCGUACUCAUGACCGUGGCGCCGUCCCCCAACACCCACCGACGCCGACGCAAAUGCCCCGGGUGCCACCGCCUUGACCGCGAUGCGAGCGAGAGUCAAGUGACAUUCCUCGUGACGUACAAAGCCAUCAUAGCCGCCCACGCGCAAAACUCGGACGACUCGCUCGAGCUCCACCAGUAUACGAUCCCGCACAUCAUUCAGUCGACAAAUACCGCGUUAAGUGUCGAAAAGUACUUGGCACUGACCAAGACCGCGUCUUUUCUAUACAAGACGACCGAGGUGUGCGAAACGUGCUGCCGCUCCAUCAACGCCAAAGCCAUGCUGACGCCACAGCAUGCGCUUCCUGCGGUUCAGCCCACGACAGCGCGACGGUCGACGCGCCUCAGCAUCGUGCAUCGACGAGCGACCUCGGCCACACCGCGGCUCUCCGUGUUGCGACCUGCCGAGGCCACACCCGUUCUGCCAUCCCCCAACGUCGCGCUCGUCCAGCCAUUGCGGCCGUCGAGCGCUGCCAGCACUGUCCUUCGCAGCGCACGCAGACAAACGCUUGCAUCGACGUCAGCGUCCACUGUCCCAG